GAGGAAUCUCCAGACUGACUUCCAUAGUGGCUUGACCAGUUUGCAUUCCCACCAACAGUGGGUUAGUGUCCCUUUUUCCCCACAACCUCGCCAGCAUCUGUUGUUGGUAGAUUUCUGUAUGUGAGCCAUUCUAACCGGGGUGAGGUGAAACCUCAUUGUGGUUUUGAUUUGCAUUUCCCUGAUUGCUAAUGACCUUGAACAUUUUUUCAUGUGCCUGUUGGCCAUUUGGAUUUCCUCUUUUGAAAAAUGUCUAUUGAGGUCCUUGGCCCAUCUCUUAAAUGGGUUGUUGGUUUAAUAGUGUUCUGAGUUUUGUAUUAAAAGACAACAGGAACUAUUAAACUUUCAUUAAGUUUAAUUUGUGGUUCAUUCUUCUGAGGUGAGAGCUGUAAUCAUUCCUCAGACAAAAAUAGUACUUGGAAUUUUUAAGACAUUUACUUAAAUUAACUUGAAUUCAUGUAUUUAUAGCAAAUUAACCAGGUAUGCAAACUAGAUUGCGUCUCCUAGGUCAAGGUGCUUACUUAGACACUCAGAGAGUAAUAACAUAAUUAAGCUCUCAUGGUCUAAAUUAUACAUCACCAGUUGGUGAGAUAAGAAAGGCCUUGUUUCUGAGACAAUCACUAUCUCAUGUGUUCCUUUUAAUAUUCUCAAACAAUGCAAAUAAUAACCCACUAAUUUAGAAGAAUACAUAUUUAAAAUAUAACUGUGUUCAACAUUCUAUUCUAAAUUGUAUAGAAAGCUUCUAUAUACAUAGCUGAAAGGAAGUGGUGGAGGAAGAUUUAAGUAGCUUUUAGUGAAUGUGUGGUGGUGUCUAUUGGGGAUGCUGGAUUUCAGACCUUGGAGAUGAAUUGCAAGUGGUCAUAUCUUGAAAACAUCCACUUGUUGCAAACAAUGCAGCCUUGUGGAGAGGAAGAGACUGUAUUCUAUUGAUUUAAUAUAAAGGAAAGCACCAAUAUAUCCUAUUUAAAGGCUCCUAGAAAUGUAAUAUUGUUGUUUUUUUCUAAAUAAACAGCAGUAGAGUCUGUCUACAAAAUUCAUCUAUAAAACUUUACUUAACAUUCCAUCCAAAACCAAAUGAAAAUGCAACAGAAAUGACCAAUGAGAGCUUCCCGGUGGGCUUCAUCCUUCUUGGAUUCUCUGAAUGGCCCCAGGUAGAGGUGGUUCUCUUCUGGAUUGUGAUCAUGUUGUACCUCGUGACUAUCCUGGGCAACUCAACCAUCAUCUUGCUCUCAUGCAUGGACCCUCGUCUCUACACCCCCAUGUACUUCUUUCUUAGCAAUCUUUCCUUCUUGGAUCUCUGCUUGGCCACAGCCUGUGUUCCCCAGAUGCUGUCAAACCUGUGGGGGCCAGACAAGAGCAUCACCUAUGCAGGCUGUGUCAUGCAGCUCUGUGUGUUCCUCUGUGUUGGUGCUACAGAGUGCAUCUUGCUGGUGGCCAUGGCCUUUGACCGCUAUGUUGCUGUGUGUCAGCCUCUGCGCUAUACUACCAUUGUGCACCGUCCACUCUGUUGGAAGUUGGCGCUCAUGGCCUGGAUGUCAGGUCUGACAGAGUCACUUAUCUUAUCUCCUGUUACACUCCAGCUGCCCUUCUGCCCCCAUCACCGUCUGGAUGACUUUCUGUGUGAGAUUCCUGUGCUCAUACGCCUGGCCUGUGGUGACACCUCCAUCAAUGAGUGGCAGUUGACCAUCUCUGCUGUCAUCUUCACCAUGGUGCCUGUGGGGUUGAUCCUGACUUCUUAUGGCCGUAUAGCUCAAGCAGUGGGGAAAAUGAAGUCAGAGGAGGGGAGGCAGAAAGUCAUUGCCACCUGCUCCUCCCACCUCCUUGUGGUCUUCAUGUUUUAUGGGACAGUGGCAAUGGUGUACACAGACCCUAAGACCAACUUCUCUUCCAAAUAUGGCAAGUUCUUCACCUUCUUCUACACUGUGGUCACACCCAUGCUGAACCCUCUCAUCUAUACCCUGAGGAACAAAGAGGUGAAGGAUGCUCUUCAAAGGAUGCUGAGAAAGGGGAUCCGCUUAAAGAAAUACUGAUAUUAAAUCGUUGAACCAGGAAGGAUGCUGUAAGUCAUGACAUGAACCCACUCUCCUUUUAAGUCUUUGAAUCAACAGCAAAAGUUGUGAAUUUUGAGCCAGUGUUGUGUCAUAGUCGGUUAAGCUACCACUUGUGAUGCUGGCAUCCCAUAUGGG